AAGCAAUCGGAUUGGUAGCUAUGGGCAACUGAUCAACUUUUCCACUGCACAGGAUGUGAUAGAUUUCCCCCUUUAAAUUCUAAGAAAUGUGGCUUCAAAUAACGUUAAACAUCAGUAAUUGUGUACAAUAUCCCUGCAACAGCACAGCCUAUGCAAAACUGAAAUGGGCCAAGGAAAAAAAAUCUCAAACAGUGAUGUGGAAAAAAGGAAACCUAAUAGCUGGAAUGCGAUACCAAGAUGGAAACCUAACAAUUCUAAGUCACGGUCUAUAUUUUAUUAAUUGCCAACUACACUUUCUUAUUAACAAUUGUUCAGAGAUGGAUGGUGACUUGCACACAAAACUAUAUGUGAACAAUAAUAUUGCACAUCAAGUCCUGAAUACUGUUUUAUCAACAAAUACAUCGGGAUGCAAGAUUUACAAAGACCAACAUUUCAGUCUUCACAUAGAACUGAAUGCAUCUGACAAUGUAUCCGUCCAAACAAACUUUCCGGAAUUCCUUAAUGAAGAUUUCUUAGCGGACAGUUUUGUGUUUGAGGUAUUUAAGCUGUAACUGAAAGCGAUACAAUAUGUCUUCCCUCUAUUAUAUUAAGAACUAGACAGUUUUAAGAGGUAAAUCCAUUCUAUUAUGUUGCGAUUCUCAUACCUUCAGUGAGGGGCAGAAGACAACAUUUUUCCACAAAGGGAAUGAAGACGACCUCCGCCAAAUGGAAACCAACUGCUGCACCUUUGUAGCCUCCUAUGACCAGAUUUGUAACAUUUAACGGUGUCCAUAUAAAUAAUUGGAUGUUUAUUUAAUGCAACCAUGGACAGGCUUGGCCACUCAAAGCAGGAGCCAAUGUUAUAGAGUAGCUCAGAGAAGGAUCAUCGCUAUGAUGUUCAUAUGAUCUGAUAUAUAUGUAAAAAAAACAAAAAACUUUAAAAACAACCUUUGUAAGCUUUCAUAAUCUGGAUGUGGAGAGCCUCAAGUUCACGUACAGAGCAAAGUAGGGUUAGCCAAUAACAACCCUCAUGCUGCAAGCUGAGCACAGCUGACCACACUAAUUACAGCCUGUGGACCAUGGAUUGUAAAGGGGUGGUCACAAUGGCUUCCAACAGGGCUUAAAGGGGUACUCUUCCCUUAGACAUCUUAUCCCCUAUGAAAAGGAUAGGGGAUAAGAUCUCUGAUUGCAGGGGUCCCGCUGCUGGGACUCCCGCGAUCUCUGUGCAGCACCCGGCGUUCGUUUAGAAUGCUCGAUGCGAACAUCACGCCCCCACCCCCAUGACGUCCCACCAUGUCCCCUCAAUGCAAGUCUAUGGGAGGGUGCGUGGUGUCUGCCACGCACCCUCCCAUAGACUUGUAUUGAGGGGGGGGGAUGUGACGUCAUGGGGGAAUGGUCCCCCUUCCCCCACGCCGUCCGCUCCAAGCAUUCGGAAGAAAAUGUUUCCAACACUGGGGCAGCAGAGUACCCUUUAAACCUGAAGAUCUCCCUGCUGCAAACAGAACACCAGCGACCACCCUCUAAGGCUACAUUCACACUGCCGCUGUGCUCCACCCGACAAACCUCAUUAAAAUCAGUGGUAGUGUCAGUUGUGUUCUGACCCAUUCAGGGUCUGUUUGGUGCAAAAUAAAAUUAUGUAGAAAAUGGAGGAUGGAGUCCAGCUCAGUUGCAAGUAAAAUCCAAUUUAUUAGCAGACGAAUGCAGGAACACAAAGAUUAUAAAAUUAAGAAAAUAAAAUUAUGAAUUAUGAACCUGUCUUUCACAGUCUAUAACUGUGUUUCCCUACCAGUGUGCCUCCAGCUGAUGCAAAACUGCAACCCUCAGAAUGUCCAGACAGCCAAAAGCUAGAGGCACACUGAUUGGAAAACACUAAACUAAUGCAAUCAAUAGCUAGUAAAUAGAGUUGGGGGCUAGGAGAAGAACAGAAAUAUGGUUAGUAGCAGCCCUACUUGGAGUAUAAAAGCUGAAGUUUUUUUUCAGAGGCCACUUGUCCUCUUAAUGGAAAACUGUCACCCUGAUCACCCACAAUAAACCCAAUACACUGGGUUAUAGUGUGGGUGACCAGGAGUCCAAGGAGUUGUCACUUACCAAAAUCGGUCCAGUGGUUCCUUUGAUAUUGCCUUGUUCCUUUGAGAAGUUCAGUUGCUCAAUUGAGUUAAUUGCGCAGAGGAGGCGGGGCCCACUGGCUGCCCGCCCCUGCUUCUUUCAGUCCUAUCUAC